GCUCCUUUUCUACAUAGAAGACAUCACUCCACUACCACUCCACCACUCUACCAUCCCCACCAACUAGUACCAAAAUAUGAAGCUUCAAGCUCCAAGCUCCAAGUUCCAAACUUACCAUCACUCGCGAUCUUUAAUAAACGUUUGAUGGUAUCCAAUUCGACACUAUGCCUAACGGAUUUUCGAUUUCCGGCCCACCGGAGGUGAUGGAGUUGUUAGUAACUAACCAUACCCCUUGGCCAAUGCAUGAGGGAAAUCCUACAUUGUUACGGCAACAAGGACUUGUUGAACGUAUAUUCUUCGAGGACGACACAACCAUCAAUUUUGACCAGAUACCUGCUCUCCAGUCCUGGGCUCCUCUAGUCGGUCAUAACGAAUUUAGUCGUGUCAAUCACGUCGUCGCUUCGCUCAUGCAAGCGUCCAAACUCGCCAAGCGCCCUUUGACUGCCGAGGAAGUCCGGCUUACGAGCGACUUCGCUGCCUCAGCCUUCAGAUGGCAUCCUUGGGUUUCCCUUGCCUCCAUAAGUACCGCUCUUGGGUUCACUUGGUUCGGAAGGCAUAAAUUUAGAUUCCCUUUUUAUACGCCACGACCUGGAUCGGCAUUUAACCCAACCGUGUUUCCUACGAAAUCAUUACCCCUUAUGAGAGGCCCAGUAGCUUCAUUAGCAUGGCAUUCUCUUCGCUUUGGUCUGUAUUAUGCUAUAUGCUCUUUUGGAUUCGUUCCCCUCGGCGGAUCCUUAGCAAAUAUGUCAUUCGAAGCACAUGUAUUUAGGGAACCACGUCUAAAGGGUCUACAAAACGAUAUUAAGAAUAACGUCAUGGCCAUGCGUGCUUCGGCAAUGAAUUCCCAGCAAGGGUCAAACGUACGCAUUGAGUUUCCACGUGGCCAGGAUGCCUCAAACCCGGACAAUCAAGCGCAGCCUGAUUAUGGACGUAGUUAUAAUGAGGUUUCGGAAAACGGGUUUGGUGAACGGGCUUCGGGCCCCAGUAGCGUAACAUCAUCUCCUACACCCCAGCCAAGUUGGUCUCAAAACACCCCGGCUCCGGUGUCGCCUAAUACCCAAGGCACGAGGCCCCCGAAUCCAGCUCCGCGGUAUGUUGACGAUUCGGAUCCUUUUGACGAUGACGACGGCUCCCCGAUUCCAGCAUCAGUGAGAAGAAUCGAGGCACAGCGAACUCAAAGCACUCAAGGAGGAUCUGCAUGGGAUCGUAUUAGGCAACAGUCACAAUCAACCAAUUCCUCGGGUCAAGGAGGCGGAUGGGCCCAGCUACGGCAGGACAAGGCGCCCAAUUCCCAGUCGAGGACAGAAGGCUUCGCGUACACGAAGCAAGACGAGGACAAGGAGAAAAGGAACUACGAGAAAGAGCAAGCUCAAAAGGAGUUUGAUGCUCUCCUCGACUCUGAACGACGUGGUGGGUCGAGCAGACGGUAGAAUGGAUGGCAUAGGGCACAUGGUGGGCUUAAACAUUGUGACCCUAGAGCCUAUGCGAUUGGAGUAAAGGGGUAAAAUGAUGUGUUUAACACCUGUACUACUACUUAAGAUAUGAAAAAAAAAAGAAUCAAGUUGUUUCGGCC